UGCCCUGAGAACAAGUUGAAAAGUUGACGGUUAUCGCUUAAGCAUUGAUUUUAACAUUCCGAAUAUGUUUAAAUCCAAGUCAUUCGAUUUGAAUAAUGAAGAGAUUACAAGACAACCCGAAAAACUCUAUCAACCACGCAAAAUCCGAUGGCUGAAGUACAUCAUACAACCAGCUGCAAUUGGCUUUGUGCUUCUUUUAAUCAUUUGCAAUGUUGACUUUUCAAAUGAACCGGCACAGAACAAUCAGGUUUCCCAGACAAAGGAUUUUAAAAUAUCAAGAACGAUAUCGCCUCAAGUAAAAGUUGAUUUUAACAAAUUGCCAUUCUCAAAAUAUGCCGAAUGGUGCAAAGAAAACCUCCAUUGCAAUCAUAAUUUUAGUCAAUUGGUUCUCGGACAGAAACAUGCCAAAAAAAAAACGGUUUGCAAUAAUUAUUUUAUACUUCGCCUUAAAAACUAUCACUUUCCCAAGGGAGUAAUGCGGAAUAAUAGCUUUGAUGGUGAUUACAGACUGCAAAGUUUAGUUUUAAACAAUUGUGAACUGAACUAUAUUAAUAAUGACGCCUUUGAUCAAAGCAGCUUACGAAGUCUCCUGAAUAUAGAGUUAAUCAAUGCCAGGCUCAAAAAUAUAAGUAACAAUGCAUUUCGAGGGCUGAAUAAACUAAGGAACUUCACACUGAUCAAUCGAAGAAAAUCGCUGCGAUGUAAAGGAAUUAUGUUACCACUGGCAAACACCCUACGUUCAGCGAAAAUUUAUCAGGAAUAUACACAUUAUAAAAUAUAUAAACCUGAAUACUUUUUCGGCGACGCAGAUUAUCAACGCCUCAAAGUCGUAGAUCUAAGUGGAACCAAUAUCGGAGGAUCGGCAGAAACCAACAGUUUUAAGAACAUGCCGGCCUUGGAGUACCUAAUUUUAGCAGGUUGUAGACUGAUCAGUAUUAGUUUUGAUGUAACAAGUGGCUUUGAUGCUCUUCGAUACUUGGACUUGAGCGGCAACAAGCUUACCAAAUUUAGUCCUGAGUUUAUAUUGAAUUCCAUACAAAGUGGUAUUACGCUGAAUCUCGUGGAUAAUGAUUGGGAUUGUAGCUGUACUACUUUAGAUUCUUUAAAUUCAUCAAAUAUAAUGUCUUGCUUUGAACUGAUUAGAAAAACAAGAAAUUUAAUUAGCACUGAUAUUCCGUAUAGUUCUGAAAGCACAGAUGAAACAGAAUCAACGUCAACAACAACAAGGCGCACAGCUGCAGUAAAAACUACGAAAAGUACUUCGUCGCUUUCCACGACUACGCCGGCUGCCCCGACUAUACUGAAUAGCUCAACAACCGAGUUGGAUAUAACGACCACUGAAUCGGUAGGCGAUGAUCAUCCUCUUUUAUUCGAUCAUAUCGUAUGCAUUAAUGCGGCCAAAGAAACUAUAAGUAACACCACGGUAUACUACGAUGCACGAAUUAUAAUUGAAGACGAUUCUGACAGCGCAGUCCACCUUACUUUAUCCCAGUUAGACUCUCAGUUUUGGACCAUCAUCUAUUUUUCAAAUGCAAAAGAUACUUUUCAAAUUUCUAAAGACGAUGCCGUUGAAAUCGUAGAUGAUAUAACUGUUGAGAUUAAUUAUUUAAACUGCGGCACCGCGUACGUAUUUUGCCUGUUAAUAGAAGAAAAUAUGACCUCGCCAUUUAAUUGUCGGUCACAUCAAACUUUGGCAUGUAGCGAGAAGAAAAUGUGGUUUGAGGCACACAGCUCGCUGAUUGUAGGUCUUGGAAUAGUCGGUAUUCUAUUGAGCGUAACCCUUGGGUUAUUCGUCAUGUACGGAGUUCUCUGGAUUCGUCCGACCUGGCUAUGCGGAAGUAAACGCUUGCUUCGCCCGUCGCGGGGAUCUCCCACAAUGGUUCUAUUGCCUCUGAGUUUUGAAAUGGAGCUAUCCAACCCAAUUGGGUACCCAAAAUCCGAAAACAGCAUUAACGAAUAUGUAGCAUACUAUCGCCAUUUAGAACAAGCACAACUGUACCGAGGAGAAUCAAAUAAGUACAAUAUACCACCCUUAGAACGCGCCCCAUCCGUGCCGCCAUACGAGGGAAAAAAUAAAAUAUCCACAAAUCCUAACACUUAUACAUAUGAAUGCUUUGAGUUAUAUGAAGAGCUUUAUUAA